AUUUGUCUAUGAUCUGUGACAAAUUCUGAUGUCAUCCAUCCGUCGCCCAUUAUAUUUAUUAGAAUUUUGCGAACGAAAAUCCUAAAUACCGAAGCUAAUUAAAAGUAUUGAAAUAGUGCGUGCUUAUGACUUGAAAUCUACUGCUGGUUUUAUAAAAGUAUUUUGUGAUACGUGUGAACUGUUGUGCUUUUUUGACUCCCAAGACCUAAAUUAUAUUGUUCGUAAUUCCAUGCGUGGGAUGUUUACAAUUUUGUAAUUUCAAUACAUUUGUGGCCACCAGGCGAACUGUGAUGCGUUACAUUAAUUACAAGGAGAAGAUGUCCACAAAAAAGGUUCGCCAAGUGUAGAUUUGAGACAGUACAGUUAAUUAGCCCGUAGAGAUCGUGAAAAGUACCAUGUCAGGUACAGAGCAAAAUAUAGUGAACUCAAUGCAACAGCUCUCUGUACAACCAAGCAACAGUGGUCAUACGGAGAAACCCACACAAGUAGUCACGCCAGCCGUCAACAGGAGUCAGCCUGUUGCCAACAAAGUCACACCUGUGAAGGCCAACUGUGUUUCACCCGCAAUUGCUACCAUUGAUAGGCUUUUAAGCCUUGGGGCUAGCGUUCCUCCGCCACCUCCUGUGAUAACGCGGUCUUCAGAUAUGGAUCCUCACACGUUAGAGCAGCUGCGAGCUGUCAAAGAAAUGCUGACAGCCCAAGAAGAAGAGGCUCAAAACUUGAGAGAUUUAAACAGAGACUUACGUGAGCGCUUAGAAGACUGUGAAACAAAAAUUAAGAAGUUAACUGAACAGAAUGAUGAAUAUGCUGAAAAAGAGAAGGUGCUCUCGCAACGUGUAGCAGAAAAGGUAAGGAAUAACAAGCAAAUGAGUGUUGUUAUGGAAGAGUAUGAGCGCACAAUAUCCUCUCUAAUAGGUGAAAGAGAAACAGAAGCUAAGAGGUGGGCAGAAGAGCGCACAACAUUAUUAAGGGAGCGUGAUGAAGCAGCGGCACACUUAGCUUCCAUGGAGCAUGCAUUUAAUGAUGUGCACACUAAAUACGAAAGAUGUAAAGUGAUCAUUCAAGGGUACAAAGGGAACGAGGAAAUGUUAAAACGAACAGUUGAAGAAAAUAAUGAUGCAAUUCAAAAAUUGGAAGCUCGAUAUGAGACGUUAAGACAACAUGCGAUGCAGCAACUGAACAAAGCUAAUGCAGAACUAGAUUCAGUGAAAAAAUCUCAUCAGGCUGAAAUAUUGAAGUUGAAUGCAAUGCUUAAGAAGAGUGAAGUACAUGCUUCAUCUUUACAGGAAUCGCUGGCACAGAAAAUAAAGGAUAAUGAGGAGCUCACAGCGAUCUGUGAUGAGUUGAUAAACAAAGUGGGUUAAUCUAUAAUUAUAUUGAUGGUAAAAUGUAUUGACUAUACUCAUAAUCAUUUUCAUUUAACUAACUAACACAUUAGUAUUAUAAAAUCAACAUUAGAGUACAUUAAUUAAUAAAUAAUAUAAUCACUCACAGGCUAAUGUGAACAAAUUAUAAAUAACAAGCAAAUUAAAGCAAGCAAAGCUGUUACCAUAACAUGAUAACAAUACAUAAGUAGUGUAUAUUAACUUAUAAUUUGUGCAAUCAAUUCCCUCAGUAUAAGUUUUCAACAUACAUGACUUGAAGUUACAUUUUUCCAUAAUUGUAUGGACUUGUUAAAUUAUGACAUCGUCCAUGCAAAAUUAAGAAUUUGUUGAACCUAAUCCUGUUUGUUGAAAACUUACAUUAAGGGCUCGGUAAGUAAUAUUUUUUAUUUUUGUACACAUCUGAAAAACUAAAAUUAUUAUUAUUUACAAUUUAAGUUGUUUUUAACUUAUGACAUUAUAAUUUAUUUUUAUGUGAAUUGUGUCAUAUCUUAUACUGCAAUAAAAUCAAUAAAAUUUGCGAAAACCAGUAGGUUCCUUUACAUUACAAAAAUUCAGCCAAUAUUAAACUAAACUUUUACAGGAAUUUUCUAGGAUCUAUCAAACAUUACCACUAGUAAUUUUUUUUCACUUGGUUUAUAUUUUACUGAUUUUUUUUACCCCCUAUGAAUAUGUUUAUGAAUGUGCUUAUAAUGUAAAGUAAAUGUCUGUACUCUGUAUAAUGAUUUUUUUAAAAGUUUUUAUAAUGUAAAGGAGCCUUGACACCUAAGCUUUUCAUAUUCUCAUUAAUUUAUAAAGGAAAGAAGUGACUGACGUUAUUUUCACUAUUGUAAUAAAUUCUUCAUUUUAUAUCCAAAGAUUUAUUUAAGAGUGCUUACAUAGAGGUGCAAACUAAUCAGGGCUAUGGGACAUUUUUCAGGAUUGUAAAACAAUUUGACAAUUUUUACCACAUACAUAUUUUUUAUAUGACUACAUAAUUAGUUGUAUUGGGGUUUCUGUUUGCAUUGAUGUUUUUUAUUUGUACCAGAAAGUUGUAAUAGUAAAGAGAAAAAAAAAGAAAAAGUGGAUGUUGUUAGAGUCCAAUAUGGUGGGCAUAACAGAAAAAUAUGCAGGGAGAAUUUAUCGAUUAGGCCAGCUGAAUUUAGCAGAAAUUGACACACUCACUCUACAAACAUUUUAAUAUGUCCGAUGGGGCAAAAUACUGGCAGUAUAUCUGGGAUGUAGAGCUAAGCACCAUCAAUUUUUUUUCUUUACAGACAAUUUCUAAUAAUGGCCACUCAUAAAAUGGUUUUGUAGAUGUGUCUGUGUAAAUACCAUAAAUAUACAAAUUAUUUAUGAAGAAAACCAACUGCAGGGGGUAUUUUUAGUAGAACAGUAGUCUAUGUUUAGUUUUUGUACUUCAUUAUACUUUUACAAUCCUGAAUUUUGUUGUAAAAUUUAGAAAACAUGUUACAACCCUAGCUGCCAUAAGUCAUUGAAUUAAAAUUUUGUAUUAUUGUAUAAAAUAUGAAUUAUUAUAUUAUAGUGUAAGAGUAGUUGUUAUUUUGUGCUUACUAUUUUAUUAUUAACUUUAAUUCUAAUAUAAACUAUAUGUUAUUUUUUAUGUUAUUAUUAUUUUAAGUGUAUUUGAUGGUUAUAUUGUAUAACACCUCCAGAGUAAAAGUGUCCUAACUAAAAAAAUGCUUACCAAAACAAAAUCGUAACGGCUUUUAUGUAGGAUAUAACUAUAUAAUACAUUUUGAAUUAUGUUAUUUUCAAAAAAAGAGUAAAUAAUUCAUAACUUCGAUUUAUGUACUUGGGUUACUUUUAUCCUAGAGGUGCUAAUAGUUUAAAAUCCAGGCUCUAAAACAUGGCUUGUUCUUAACCGACUUCGAAAAAGGAGGUUCUCAAUUUGAUGCAUAUUUUUAUUUGAUCUAGUCUUAAAAGCUUAUUUUCCGAAAUUUUCAAUAUGCUUUGCUUAUGAUGAGAUUACAAACUCUUAAAAAUAGAUUUAUAAAUGUGUAUUAGCAUAUUAAUAUUUAGUGAAAUUAGUAUUUAAAAGUCGCUUGAUUCAAUUCACUACACACCAUAGCCAGAACACAUUUGCCAUGGGCCUAAAGUAGACAAAUAUAUUCUAAAAUUCUGUUCCUAUUUCAUAGAAUCUCCAUUUCAGUAAAAUGUAGGUAGUUAUGCCUAAUAAGGUUCGUAUUUGUAAGGCUAUGCGUGUACGAACCGAUUUUCGGAACUACAAAUAUUUCAUAACUUUCAUAAGACUGAAAACUGGUCUGAAACGAUCGAGAUUAUUGAAAAGGCUGGCUAAAGACCAAU